GACCGAUCGACGUCACGUCAACCAUCUUGCUUUCAUAACAAAGCUUUAACAAUUUUGUAUGUUUUAUCAGAAAAGAUGGCACUAGAUAAAAAUUACUACUUGUACAGCACAAGAAGAGAUACUUUGGAUUCUGAAGAUGAUUCUGCUUUAAUUUCCAGAGCCAGAGAUGUAAUAAGCAGAGCAUCAGGUCAAAAUAUGCCCGCGAUACCAGGGACGCUUGAACAUCAGCGACUCCUUACAGCAGCAGGGAAUUGGGGAGUGGAGAAUGCAGUGUAUGCAUCAGCAGCGGCAGCUGAAGCUAGUAUGGUUCAACGACUAGAUGCUGCAAUUUACAAUGAAGUUCCAGGCGACUAUAGUGAAGAGAAGAAAGGUCGAAGAAAGGACAGACGGAGGGACAGAAGGAGAGACCGUGAUGAGCGAAAACAGCUAUCAGACAGGCCAUGCAGGACUAUCCUUAUCAAGCAUCUCCCUGCUGAAGUUGAUGAAACAUAUCUGCGAGGGAUACUUCAGCUGUUUGGUGCCCACAUCCAGGACGUCAGACUGGUCAAACACAAAGAUUCAGGUGCAUCAAGAGGCUUCGCUUUUGUGGAGUUCCAAUUCCUUCCGGAUGCCCAACGAUGGAUGGAGGAAAACCAGGGUAUUUUGGUGAUCGGGGACGGGCGUGCUUCACUCACAUACAGCAAGAGCAGAGGUGAUGAAGACUGGUUCUGCUCACAGUGUGGUACCCAGAAUUUCAAGAGGAGAGGAAACUGCUUCAAGUGUGGAAUAGAGAAGAACGAGUCAGAGCGAUACAGUCAAAUCAGUACAAGACCUACAAGAAUUCUUCUGCUAAUGGGUCUGGACUCGCUGACCACGGAGGAGAAGGUCCAGCAAGAGCUCCAUGACAUCACGGCCGUUGACAUGAACGUCCAGCUCAUACGUGACCCCACAACCAACACAUCAAGAGGCUUGUGUUACGCUGCGCUGUCGGCUGUAGAGUAUGCCAGCCACUUACUGGAGAUUCUCAACAAUAUGCAUCCACCCUUUGUGAUAGAUGGAAAACAAAUUUCCGUGCAUUUCUGCAGAGAAGGGACAGACGAAGAUUACUCUUCAUGGGCCGAGGCUGAAGCUGGACCAUCUUAUGAGCAGUACUACCAGCAGCAAGCAGACGCAGUGGCGACAGGCACCGUAGCUUAUGAUCAAAGCUAUGCAGCAGCCUAUGCAGCAGGAUCAGCUGCUCACUCUUCCAAAGAACUAUCUGUAGCAGACAAGGUAGCGCUAGCCCAGGAGCAGGUGCAAGCAGCUCGUAAGAUGCAGCUAGAGCAGCAGCAGAUCACCCAGAAACUACUCAACAAGAUCAGAGCGAGUGGCCCAGAGAAGAAACCCAAGAGGGUCAAGGUUGACCUUCCACCUCCAGGAACGGACGGACACACGCUAGACCUGAGCCAGAUCGUUCAUGAGGUCAAACCACAAAAGAGAAAGAAAGAGCAGCAGCAAGACACAGAGACAAAUGCCCAAACAUUACAGCACCAGACAUCGAGUAGUUCAGACGGUGGCUAUUAUCCCGAUGUAUCUCAAUACCAGUAUGACGAAUCAUCAGGCUUCUACUACGAUCCUCAGACAGGACUGUACUACGACUCCAACUCACAGUAUUACUACAAUGCACACACACAGCAGUACAUGUACUGGGAUGGUACUCAGUACGUCCCAGCCCAGCAAGAUGGGCCUACUACUAUACCUCAAGUCGGCAUGCCUGGGAUGGAGGGAGGAAAGGAAGAUAAGAAUAAGAAAGAGAAGGGAAAGGUGGCUAAGAAGGUGGCAAGUGACAUGAGAAGAUGGGCUGCAACCAUAAACGAGACGAAGAAUAGCAAAUCAAAGAAGAGUGGAAGUGAUUACAAGAAAGACAACUCCUCAGCCUCUGCAGAUGCUGGCUUUGCUGUCCUCAGUAAAAAGGCUGAUCCAGUAGAAACCAAACAGUCUGUGAUGCUGGCCCUGAAGCGCUCCUCAACAAGUGAUGACCAACGGAAUAAGGCUGCCAGCAUUACGAACAUCCUAGCGCAGUAUGGCGGAGACAGUGACAGUGAACCAGAGGAAGAAGCACCCCCUCCCAGUAAGAAGCCUACCCCUUCCUACUCCUCCUCCUCGGCAGAUUCUAAGGAGAGUGUUCCGACUAGCCUGACGGACUGGACCAAGCUCAUCUGCCUCCUCUGUAAGCGACAGUUCCCGUCGAAGGAGGUCCUGGUGAAGCAUCAACAGUUCUCGGACCUGCACAAGCAGAACCUGGAGGCACUCAAGACGAGGACGGGAUUACAGCAGCAGCAGUCACCAGGGGGAAGCAAAGGAGGGGGUAAUUAUCGGGACAGAGCACAGGAGAGGAGAACAAGAUUCACCUGAAAUUGAUGAUCAUCCAAGGAUUUCAUUUGUGUGCAAUCAUUCCUUGAUAUAUCACCAACAUCAUUCUCAUGGAACACCUAAUGGAUAGCACAUAGGCUUAGCCAAAUAACGAAGAAGAUUACUUGCGCUUGUUUCAUAUCUCUGUGUUUUGGCACCAAACGUUUCCAUCUUUUGAGAACUGUCAGAGGAGAUCGACGUUCACUUCGAAAUGAUGAUCAACCAAGGAUGCCAUGUUUAUGCAAUCACGCCUCGAUACAUCAUGGACAUCAUUCUCAUUGAACUCUACAUGGACAUUGCUCUGUGUCAGUUGAGUAAUGGUGCUGUAGAGGACAAUGUCUGUACAUGUAUGUGUUUGUACCUCUAUGUUCUGGCACCGUAUGCUUCCAUCAUUUGAGAACUGUCAAAGGAGAUCAAUGUUCACUUGAAACUGAUGACAUGGGACUCCUGCAAUCGUGCCCUACAUCCACCAACAUCAUUCUCAUUGCCCUUCACAUGGAAAAAUCAUCAAGAGAUGAGAAGUGCUAUACAAUGUCGUGUCUGAAUUGAGUAGUACAGAAGACAGUAUCCUCUGUUCGGGUUGGGGGGGGGGGGGCUUCCACUAUUGGACAAGGUUCACCUCAAGUUGAUGAUAUGGAGUUAUCCAAGAAUGACAUCUUGUCAAAUCAUGCCUUGAUAUAUCAGCAUCAUACCCUGGAACUACCCAGAGACAAUUCCCUAAGAGAUGAGAGAUAGAAUACAAUGUCAUGUCUGAGUCACCUUCGAAGGGAGUGGUGUCCUCUUCCGACUGGCAACCUACCUUCUUAGAAACUCCUCCUUACGAAUGAAGUUUGAAUUAAAGAAAUUUAUUGAAUUGAGAAUAUCAUUUUUAUGCAAUCAUACCUUAAUACAUCAACAUCCUUCUCUGUAAGACAACAUCUGGGGGGCAUUUCAAAAAGCCUUUUUAAAAUGACAAAUGACCUAAAUCAUUGACAAAUCUGCUGAUAACCAAUUCGAAGCAAGGAUUUCACUAGCUUAUAACAAAAACUGUCAUUUGUCACUGAUGACAAGUUUUGUGAGACUCGCAGAACAGUAUCACAAGGUGACGGAUAGAAUGCAAUUUCCUUUUCAGUCUGGUAACCAAGAAGGUGGAUUCUUAUGUACUUAAACUCGGAUGUUCCAACUCCCAUAUCUUCUGACCGUAGAAAUGAAAAUAUGACUAGGUUUUCCUCCUCAUCCAACAUUUUGUCUCUCUCGAUUCACCCAGAGUUGUUGGCCGAUUUUGCUCCGAUAUCAUUUAAAAUCUUUCGAGAUCAAUUGAUUAGAGAAUAAACCUAAGAAAAUGCAAAUUGAUUUGCAUAAGAAAUCAUCAUUUGAUGUAUACUGCCCAUGCUUGAAGCUGAUUUUUGUAUUUAUGUUGCAUGCAAAGUAUGUACAUAGAUGGUAGUAUCUUACCAGUGUCUCAGGCAUGUGCGCAUCAGAUCAAAAUGGCGGACCCUUUAAGUGCAUGCCAUGGUUGAUAUUACCUGUAUGAACUAGCAUUAGCCUGGAGUACUUAUGUUAGCUGAAUAUAUUAUGUUGUGGAUGCGGGUACAUCAAUAUUAUUUAUUUCAAAGUGUUAUCAUUGUGCACAAACAAGACACAUGAAAUCAUGAUGUUAAAUAACCGCAAGUUACAUUUUAAUUGAAUUCAAUGUCCUGCCCUGCACACAUGACCCCUUGGAUUUUGGAGUCACUGACUUAAGAUUAAUUUUGACGUACUACAAGUCA